AUGUCAUCCCCGGGUUCGGCCGCCCAGGGCGCUGGGAAACGCAAGCGCAACAACACGUCCACAGCUCUCGACAUGGAACAGAACCAGACGAUUCAAACCGAGUCCCGAGACGCCUCGGGCGAGGAGGGCGACACCACCGCCCCCGAGUCCAGCCGGGCAGCUGCCGGUGCCCACAGAAAGACCGACUCGUCGGCGAGCGCCCACCCGAACAAGCGCCAGCGCUCAAGCUCCGACCAGAUGGCCCCCAGCUCGACGGCCGCGAGUGCGGUAAGCCACCACACCCAAACCCGCGACCCGGGAGAGCCGAGCGAUACCACCGAGGCCAGCGUCGAUAUUGCCGAGCGCGUGACGCGCAAGGGGAGCCGGAAGUCUACGUCGAGCAAGGCCGGCGAUGCCGGUGCCAAUGGGAGCGCCAUGGCCAGCAGCAAGACGACCGCCGCGAUGCCGCCGCCUCCGAUCGGCAAGCUGACCCACCCGCUGGGAUACACAACGAACCCGCCCCCCGCCGGCCGGCCUGUGAGGGUCUACGCGGACGGCGUGUUCGACUUGUUUCACCUUGGGCACAUGCGCCAGCUCGAACAAGCAAAGAAGGCGUUCCCCGACGUGUAUCUAAUAGUGGGCGUCACCGGUGACGAGGAGACCCACAAGCGCAAGGGCCUCACCGUGCUCUCGGGCAAGGAGCGGGCCGAGACGGUACGGCACUGCAAAUGGGUGGAUGAGCACCAGCUCGACUACGUCGCCCACGACGACCUCCCCUACGGCGCCGCCGAAGGCGACGACAUCUAUGCACCCAUCAAGGCCGCAGGCAAAUUCCUCGUGACCCAGCGGACCGAAGGCGUGAGCACCACGGGCAUCAUCACAAAAAUCGUCCGCGACUACGAAAAGUACAUCGCGCGCCAGCUCAAGCGCGGCACCUCGCGCCAAGAGCUCAACAUCAGCUGGCUCAAGAAGAACGAGCUGGAGCUCAAGCGCCACGUGCAGGACCUGCGCGACAACAUCCGCACCAACUGGACCACCACCGGCCAGGAGCUCAGCCGCGAGCUGCGCCAGUACUGGCCCACCUCGCGCCCGCAGAGCCCCAGCCCCGCCCGCUUCGCCAGCGGCGGCGGCAACGGCGGCGGCAGCACGAAUGGUGGGGGGGACCUGCCGCCCAGCAGCCCGCUCGGGCAGGCCGGCUCUGCUGGUGGUGGCAGCGCCUUCCCGUUCCCUAGGAGCCCGCCCACCGGCAUGACCACUGCGGGGGAGCGCGCCACGAGCACGUCGAAUGAUUUUGUUACCGGGUACACGCUGGGCCUGAUUGGUGGUGUGCGCUCAUGGAUGACCAAGAGCCGCCGGGUCGAGCGGGAAGGGGAGAGCCGGCCCGUUAGCGACGACGAUUCGGAGGAGAGCGAGGAAAAGAUGGGCAGCGAGGGCCGCCGGUCCAUGCAGCUACCCGCGACGAGCCAACGGGGCUAG